AUUUUAUUCACGUGGGUGUAAAUUUUAAUAAGGUAAGAUAUAAACUACUCAUAUCUGCACGUUACUGAGUUCAGGCCUCAACAGAUAAAAGAGAUAAAAAAAUCAGAAGAUCGCUAUUGAAACGUUCUGUAACAGUGAAUUUUUUUUCUUGGUCAUAUCAAAAUAUAUCUGUGUACAUUAUAUGUGUUUUGUAUUAAUUAUUAAUAAGUAUGUUAUACUCUACAUACUAUAAGCACUUAACUUCUGUUCACUUACACUAAAAAGUACAGGAAUGUAACCUACAACUUAACUCGUAUAUUCACCGUUUGCCGUUGUUGAUGCAUGCUUUUUUUGUCUAUUGACUUAAUCUAUAGAUGUUUACUACUCAUUUCUAAUUUUAUUCAAAAGAAUAAUUCAUCUCUCUCUUGCAGCCAUUUGUUACUAUAGCGCAGUAGCUAGUUUUGUUCAGUAUGUAAAUACACGAACAAGAAAACAAAUUCAGAAUGACCGUGUGACUACCUCGUUUUUUUACUGACGUCUCAGAAUAAUUUUUCUUCCUCUUUCUCAGCAAAUGUUCUUAUUUGGCCGCUAGCUCGGUUUCAAGCACUCAUUUCAAACAUAAAAGGCUUGUUACCGACGUAGUCUCACAUUUUUUGAUAAAUUUGUUCUGGCAAUUUUCAGUUUUGUGAUCUACCUUGUAUUUAAAAAUCUUCGCAUCAAACUGCCAGUGGUUUUUGAGUCGCGGAUCGUAGUCCUGCAUUUGAGAAACGAAAUAGUCAUGACUGUUAAACAAACAAUCAAGCGGACAAGAGGCUUUGACCCGUUCAAAAACGAAGUAUGCGAACCAUUUCAUCUAUAUUGUCAUAGGCUUAGUUUGCCGGUAUAACAGAAGAUUUUCUGACGGUCCUAUAUAAACAGGCCGACUGAGAAGCUUACAUCAGAUGCUACGAUGGCUCAAUCAACUUCUGAACGUGUAUUAAACUGAGAAAGAAAGACUUUUCGGAGAGUGUAGCACUGUUCUUUUGCGAUAAGUUACUACUAAAGUAUUUAAACUUUCGUUCACCACUUUGAUAAAGGAUGCGUUUCUAUAUAUCUUCUUCUGACGACGAUCAUGCAUAUGACCAAUCUACGAUUUUAGCCCCGAUACGAUAGUUAGAAAAAAACAAAGGUGGUAAUUGAAUACGGCUAUCGAAUGCGUCGAAUAAAAUCUUUUUCAAACUGAGAUUAAUUUAUAUAAGAUGGGUAUUGUUUUUGAACAGUUAGUUCUUCAAGAUUGAAGCCAUAACGCAGAACGGGAUGCUUAGAAGGAUCAUUUCAUCAAGGGUCGCCCGCACUUUUCCUUCUGGAUAAGAUUCAGGCUCCUCUAACAAUUUGUCUAUACUAAGUAAUAAACCAUUCCACGGUUUUUUCCACUUUUAAUAAAGACCAGAGUGACGAAAUAUCCAUCGACAAUGCUGGAAAGAGCUCCUUAAAAUUAGAAAGUUUACCAAGUUUGAAAGGUGAUAAGUUCAAAGCGAGCCAAGAUAUUGUUUCACAAAGUCGCGAAAUUUUACAAUUUAAUGUUUGUAUGGUGUUGGUUUUCUCUUGAUAAGAGCCAAACUGGGAUUUGUGUUCAACAAAUCGCUUUUAAACUUGGCAAAUUUUCUGACCUUGAUGCUGUCCUUAAAGCCGUGCUGAAGGAUUUUUGCUAACUGGUCCCAUUAAAAAAUUUAAAAAGUGGAAAAUUAUUACUGAAUACAUUUGAGAACAUGACGAACAGUCAUAACUGAGUCAAAAGCUGACUUGAAAACGUCAUUACUAGCAGAAAGUUAUUUCUGAGGAAUUUCUCAUUUUUAGGGCUUAAACACAGUUUUCCAGAUGCCCAGUGCAAAACACUUGCCACUGGUACGGCAGCGACAGUGUAGCUCUUGCUCUUCGACGACUUUUGUCUCCGUUUGCUUCCGAGUUCUGCGGGAGCUGAAAUCUUAUGCAAACUAUCGUCCAGCGAUUCAUGCAGGAACUAUAAAAAAUGUGACUGUAUUUUGCUUAUUUCAAAGUCAGUAAAUAUGUAACAUCAAUAUUAUCGCACCUGAAACAAAUAAAAUAAUUAACAUGCGAACCGUGACCGAAAAGUCUGUAAGUUUCUUAUAUAGGGGAAAAAAAUAGCAUAUAAACAUAUUUUAUUCUGAUCCAGUUGAAAAUGGAGUGUAAUUCAUGUCUUUAUCUCUUUGGCAUUAAAUGGAUGCAAUUUAACAGUUAUUUGUUCGAUGAUUUAUAUUGAUUACGAAAGCUCAUAGUUCAGGCUUUUUUAAUGGGUGUAGAACUACUCCAUGAAUCCGAUGGUGUUUUGUUUUGGGCUUUUUUGAUAGUAGAUAUAGAGGAAUACAGGACACAAGUUAACCCGGGUGCCUAUUUUAGAUAUUCUGAACUAUUAAUCGACAGGGACACCCAACGUCAAUUUUCGGAAAAUAUCUGUUCGGAAGACGAUUUGAGAUCUAGAAUUUUCGGAAAAUUUUUUGGUAAAAUUCUUGCUUGUUUACCUCUCCUAGGAUUUUCGAACGUCUAAAAAUGGUAUAAUUGCCCAUUUUUAAUGGAUUUUUACCCUGAAAAGGUCACCUAGAAUUUUUGGGAGUCUUUUUUCUGGCUAAAACUUUCGAAAGUAAGUUUUGAUCCUUAUAAUUUUCGGAUCACUAGACUUUCAGCUAGGAAAUCCGAACAGAUGAAAAAUUUUUAGGGGAUAAAAAUACGCCCAUAUCUACCGUUUAAAUACUAAAAUACGUUUAACAAGCUAUGUUUAAGUGGUUUUGAACUAUACUCUCGUUGGGUGCCCCUGAAUCGAGGUACGUCAAAACACGAUUCUCGGCGCAAUGAUUUCUCAGACAUACUGCGGAUACUGUUUUCACCGAUGCAUAACAAAAUACUCAAUAAAAACGUUUAUGUCAAUUGAAAAGAGCUUAUUAACAUUCAAGAUACACAAAAACUUGUUUCUGACAUGUUGCUGGCGAUAAUGAGAUGACACGUAGCUAGAUGCAGUCUUUUAACUCACGCCUUUUCAGUUGUUAUUCAUUCGAUCGGUGCAAACUAAACAAACGACCUGUCUUCACACAAAAUAAGAUAACGUUCAAUUUUUGGAGGAAAUCUGUCAGUCUUUUACACACUUUACAAACUCAGUAAGAAAUUUUCAGUUCAGGUAUGUACUAAUUUAAGAACAAAACCAGCAAUAUUGCAGUUAGCUGAAACUCAUUCUCUAUUUUGCAUCGAUUUUAAGAAACAUGUAAGUGCUGCGUUUUAACUUAUAAAUCGUGCAGAUUGAAAUUGCAGACUGGAAACCGAAAUCAUAAAAUAACUUUAAUUUUGGGAAGAUCGAUGAGGGAAAUUGUUCCCUCUCUUUAAUGCCUGCUAAGGUUUAUUUAAUUUUUUUUUUAAUGUUAGAAAAAUAUAAAAAAUAAAUAAAAUUACACUGAUUUUCUUACUCCAAGGAAAACGAAUAUCAGUUAGAAUAACUGAAAUAAGUGUUGUGAAAUCACGGGCACCCAACGACAGCUUCCUUCUACAAACAUUGAAAACACUUUCUAGGCUAUCCAGAGUACUUGUAUCCAGAGUACUUUUAGAUCCUUAGAAAUGCAUUCUAAUCGGCGCUACAAAAUUCUAAAACUAUUCGGUCAUCCUAGGGCAACUUAAGUUUUUUCGAAAUUACAGCUAGGGCUUCAGUAUUAUUUUCCCGAAAAUUUAGAUGCAAUUUAAAUUUUUACGAAAGUAAGAAUUUCUCUGAUGCUUCUCUCCAUCAUAAUUUUGAAUCCGAAAAUAUAAGGUUUUCUAUUUUUCCACGAAAAAUAGUUUGGCCUGAGGAGUGAAAUGCGCAUAAUUAAACUUAAGAAAAUCUUAGGGAAUGUAUUACAUAAGCUUCGAAAAAUUGUAAAUGAAGUGGAAUGAUAAUCUAGAAAUUUGUAGCCUUCCUCAAGGUACAGUAAAUUUUAGGAAUUUUUGCUUCUCCGAACAGAUAUGUCACAGAAAACAGUCAUUGGGUGCCCCUGGCAAAUUAUCCGCCCCUUAUAAUAUGAAACGGCGCGAAGCAUAAUGUCCCAUACCCUAGUAACCGAUUCUCCAAACCAAUCAACCGCGUCCCAAGAGCGCUUUUCCCUGGCUGGGGAAAGACGUCCUUUGGACGGAGUUGCGAAAGACUGCACUUUUGUACCAAUAUAAAAAAUUUAUUUCAGCUCACUAAUUCUAUAUCUGGAAAACUACUGUUUUUUCCAUUUGGAACCCAAUCAGCUAUUGUUUACUUUUAUUUCUUAGGUUAUCUAUCAUGUCAGCAAAAAGGAUGGCUGUAUUCUUUCUUCUGAUCUUGGUAAUGGAAAUGAUGCUGUUCUCUGAUACUGAUGCCAUAUUUUGGAGACGCCGGCGGCGACGCCGUCGAAGAAGCUCAUCAUCUCCGCCACCGCCACGACCGCCUCCACCGCCACGACCGCCUCCACCGCCGCCACCGCGGAGUUCGCGCUGCCCCCUCUUUGACUACAAAGGAAGCAAUUUUGAUCCAAAUGGAUGGUACAAGUUUGUUCGCAUUGAGAAUGGCUUUAGACAACAUGCCGUAAACAUAAACCGAUAUGCUGGUGAAUGUGGAGUUAAGGUUUGAAGUUACAGCCGCUAUACUUUUUUCAAGCAUUAAUUAACUGACAAACAAUGGUGUGCUGACAACCUUAAACUAAAACGGCCCGUGUAAACAAUUAAGUUAGGCAUUCUUUUAUUAUUUUUAUUAUUAUCAUUAUUUCAUGUAAUGGGAUGUUAUCGGGUAAAAUUGAUCGCGGCGAGUUAAGACUGUCUGCUCCUUCAAGCUCUCUUGAAUCAGUUAAAAUGUGUCCCAAAAUACAUUAAUUCUUAAUAUACAGAAGUAGUUUUAAUGUCAUCAAACAUUGUGGUAACUGAGAAGGAUCACAUCGACUGAGAGACCAGUGGUUGAUACAACCUACUAUAUAGCGUGUCCGUUUAGCAACUUUUCCGAUCGUGACUUCACUUUCCAAAGAAGUAGGCAUGUUGGGACUAGUGAUUGUGAGUACUGAUCUUUCUAAGAAGACGAUUAUCCUGUUAACUUACUUUUAAGUCUUUAAAAGAACCAAAAUUCUAAACGCCUUAAAUCCUUUAUGUACUAGUUCUACUCCUUUCUUUUAACGAUAGUUUUUCAAAAUACCUGUCGUAAUUCAUCUUUAUUUUCAUGCAAAGAACAUUUACGUUCAAAGAUCCAAAAUCAUUAACAAAGCUGCUGGAAUAGCACAACGAUUUCUACAUCAGCAAAACAAAGCGGCGUCUUCAUGAAACGAGGACUGAACACUUUAAGGCCCUCGCUAAAAAUGACCACUAUUCAAAUUAUUGCUGACCAUGUCAAAAUCACCGGACAUAAUAUCAAGUGGAAUCAUUUUGAUUUUUUUGUGUCCGGGAAAAUCAGAUUAUCAUUGCAAGAUCAAAGAAACAUCAUUGUUAAAACAAUAUCUUAAGCAGUUUUUAAUGUCAAGAUAAGCAGUGAAAAGCUGACGAUUUAUCAGCUGCUGUCUUAUAUUUACUGUUAACAAUUUCCACAUUUCUUGCCAAUUUUGUAUAAAUUUGUGUAAAUCCGUGACGGUCACUUUGUUCACUUUAAAAUGCAUGUUGAGUGGCAUACGAAACGCCAUGUUUAUUUUCAAAUGCGAAAGCUUCUGUACGUGUUUAUCAGCGCUGUUUUUGUUUUAUUAUUGAUUAAGAUACUAUUGCCCGAGAACAAAUGUCUGUUUAUUUACCUUUAUUUUAUUUCUCUUUUUAUUUAUUUAUUUAUUUAUUUAUCGAAUGGUUCAUUUCAUCUCCUAUUUUCUUUUUACAGUUGUUUAUCACCAGCUCCUUCAGGAAACACAUACCUAGUGGGGGAUCUAGCAGAAGCAACCACAUGGCUGGCAGAGCAAUCGAUUUGAAUUUGAGCUGGCCUGGAGGAUUCUGCAAUAAGAGCUGUAUGGGAAACGAGAUUAGUUUACCGUCGAGGGCUAAAUGCUUCAUUAGCAAGAUCCGUAAUGAUCGAAGCCUUCGUUGGGGUGGAGAUUUCAACGACCCUGGACACAUCGAUGACAACUUGAAUAAUCGUGAUCGCGCAACGUAUAACCGGCUCCGUAAUCGUUUGCAGCCUAUCUGCAGGAAACCGUGAC